CUUCGUUGUUCUUUUUUCGAUUUGGACAUUUCAUUCAUCAUUUCAUUCCCCUGGGCGGCUCUCGACGGAGAGAAGCUCAGGAGCCCUAGCCUUGUUCCGUUCUCGAUUUCUCGAUUUUGAAAACCCUAUCUCUCGAUUUUUUUUGCUGAUAAUUGUUUGUCGAUCUUCUAAUUAGUGAGCCUUCCACAGCUCAAUUCAACCCUUCCGUCCCCGAUUCACUGUUUUUUCCCGUCGCAAUGAAUCCUCUUUAAUUUCUUGCGGUUGUUCGUUUAAAUCGUCGAUCACCGAAUUCACUCUGUACCUAAUCUUUCUUAGUUUACUCAAGGUUGCAGAUAUGGCGAUCAGAAUGACUGUCACCUACUCCGGCCACCUGGCUCAGAGUCUGGCUUCAUCCGCCGGAGUUAGGGUAGGAAAUUGUCGGCUGUUCCACGAGUGUUGUGGAAAAUCACGGUUCUUAUUCUCCAAUCGGAAGUCUGAAGUAGAUCCCGCUGCUGCUGCGACGAGUUACCGCGCCGAUUUCAUUAGACCUAAGGCGAGAUGCUGGUCUAAGCCGUCGGUGUCGAUGUAUAACACGCUCGCCGGUGAAUUACUUAGCGAUAAUUGCAAUUCUCCUCUAGUUGUGGGCUUGAUUUCGAUGAUGAAGUCGUCGGCCUGCGUUUCGGGCGCUUCUAGUGCUGGGAUUUUUGGGAUAUCGUCUUCUUCAAUGCUUGGAUUAAAAUCUUCUUCGUUCUUUUCCUUCCUUCAGGGGAGCAGAUGGCUCCCCUGCAAUGAAUUCCAGGGUCCUGCAAGCAACGUUGUGGAUAAAGGUGGUACACAUCGUUGUGAAUCUUGUGAUGACGUAGAUAAUAUGGAGUCCAAAAAUUUAACGAAAGGUGUUAGAAAGUCUUGUGAAAGCAGCUGCUGGCUUUCUCGAUUGGUGAAUUCUUGUUCUGAUGAUGCUAAAGCUGUCUUUACAGCGUUAACUGUUACAUUUCUGUUCCGGUCUUCUAUAGCCGAACCAAGAUCGAUUCCAUCACGUUCCAUGUAUCCAACUCUCGAUGUUGGAGACCGAAUAUUAGCUGAGAAGGUUUCAUAUAUGUUCAGAAAGCCUGAUGUUGCAGAUAUAGUGAUAUUCAAAGUUCCUCCCAUCCUUGAGGAAAUUGGUUACAGUUCAGGAGAUGUAUUUAUCAAAAGAAUUGUAGCGAAGGCUGGUGACUUUGUUGAGGUCCGUGAUGGGAAAUUGGUGGUCAAUGAUGUCGUACAAGAAGAAGAUUUCAUAUUAGAACCACUGUCUUAUGACAUGGAUCCAGUGCUCGUUCCUGAAGGUUCUGUGUUUGUAAUGGGUGACAAUCGCAACAACAGCUUUGACUCCCAUGAUUGGGGUCCCCUUCCUAUAAAAAACAUUGUGGGCAGAUCAGUGCUUCGCUACUGGCCGCCUCCGAAAGUAUCUAACACUAUUUAUGAACCGCUUGGAGAGAAGAAUCUUGUGGCAGUUUCAUGAGUUAUCCACAUCUUCUUCAGUUAUGGUGGAAGGAUUUUUCUGCCCGGCAAUUGCUUAGGGACAGAGUCUUUACUCACUUGGAGUCCAAAAAAUGAUUCAGCCAUUUUUUUGGACAUGUACAUAUGUGGUGUUCUAUCAUGUUGUGCUUCAUGGUUUGAGUUAAAACACUUUAAUGUGAUGCAUGUUAUCUCCAUCUGUACUUCACAGCCAUGUCCUUUGAGGCAAAAAAACAUAUUUUCAAAUUGCCCAACGGAGGCCCAUAAUCAAUUCUAUUUGUCAUGGCA